GAUGUUUCAUUUGUAAAUGACCGUUGCCGAAUUUUUGUGUUGAAAUAAUCAAGUUUCUCUUAAUUCGGUGUACAAAAGUGUGUUGAGUAAAUUCGAAUAACAUUUGUGUGAAUUUGUGUUUUUGCGUGAUUGCUAAAUUCUCAAGUGUGGAUAAAAAGAAUGUUUGUUGUGCCUUCGUCGUAAUAGGAUCAGUGGUCAAUAAUCUAUUGGAUUACAGUUUUGCAGUGUUUAUUGUACUGUUGUGGACGAAAGAUUAGUGCGUUUGAGUGCAAAGUGUACAUAGAUGAGACGUUAGUUCCCCCGGCGUCGCCACGCGGCUUGCAACUACAAUUUAGGGGCGGUGUGUGAGUGUCGCACCGCCAUGUCGCAUCACAGCGACGAGCAGGCGCUGCUCUCCGUCACAUCAGACUCCUUCUGGGAACCCGGCAACUACAAACGGACCACCAAACGGAUAGAUGACGGCCACAGAUUGUGUAGCGAGCUACAAGCUUUAGUACAAGAAAGAGCAGAUAUUGAAAAAGCAUACGCAAAAAGUUUACGAGGCUGGGCGAAGAAAUGGAACGACUUAAUCGAAAAAGGCCCAGAAUAUGGAACAAUGGAAGCAGCAUGGAAAGGUGGCAUGGUGGAAGCGGAGAGGCUCUCCGACCUGCACCUUAGCGUGCGCGACAAGCUGGUCUACGAUGUCAUAGCGCAGAUCAAAAACUGGCAAAAAGAAACCUACCAUAAGUCAAUGAUCCAGCUAAAAGAGCGUAAAGAAAUGGACGAGGCGUUCAAGAAGGUACAGAAACCGUGGGCAAAGCUACUGCAGAAAGUAGAACGCACCAGACUCGAGUACCACACGGCUUGUAAGCAAGAGAGGACUGCGCAGAACCAGGAACGAAAUGCCUCGGGCGACAGUUCGCUAAGUCCUGACCAGGUGAAGAAAAUGAACGAGCGCGUAUCCAAAUGUAGAGAAGAAGUUUCCAAGAGCAGGGAAAAGUAUCAAGCCGCGCUGGCGGAAAUCACGGCGUACAACCCGCGGUAUAUCGAAGACAUGGAAGCGGUCUUCGAGAAAUGUCAGCAAAUGGAAGCUCAGAGGCUCACCUUUUUCAAGGACGUGCUCUUCAGUUUCCAUAAGCGUCUUAACAUCAGUCAAGAACCUUCAUUACCACAAAUAUACGAAGAAUUCUAUCAUACGAUAAACAACUCAGACCACCAAAAAGAUUUGAAAUGGUGGGCCAACAACCACGGAACCAAAAUGGCGAUGGCGUGGCCACAAUUCGAGGAGGAUCCAGGGUCGGAGAACCCCGAGCCCGUAAGUUUCAAAUACGUCCCUACUGCUGCGUCAGCGGUGCUCACGCGGUGGGUCGAAACGGCCCGUGCGGCUCGCGCAUCAACCGGCCCGCUAUUGGCCCCAAUGUGGGCGCACACCGCGCGCGCCCUCAGGCUCUCCCUACCCGCCUUCUGCUUCGGAGCGGAUGAGAGGAGGUCCAGCAAAGUGGCGCCAUCUAUCACCGUUAGCAACUACGGCAGUAGCCGUUGCAACAGCAGCUCCUUCAUGGAGUACACGGAGGAGUUCCGAGACAUCGCCAAGGGCAAGUCAAAGGAGAGCCUGCCCACCGGCCCCAUCACGCUGCUCAACCAACGUCCUGUCUCGGAAGACGAGCUGCCUCCGAUAUCGAACAACAAGGCGAACAAGACGAAUAAUCACGCGGAACCGCCGCCGCCGGUCCCGGCCAACAACGCCAACAAUACGAACGCCAUUGACAAGAAAAACAUUAGCGCACCUAUUGCCGUUACCAAUGGUACGGCACCGGCACCGAAAUCGAACAAGACGUCUCCAGCCAAGGACCCCGCGAAGCCGCAGCCACAGGAAAAUCCCUUCGAGGAAGACGAGUGGGACGAAGAGUCGGGUGGACCACUCACCGACACAGGGGAGCCAGGAGUGCCUGUCAGAGCUCUGUACGACUACACGGGCGCCGAAAGCGACGAACUGUCUUUCAGACAAGGUGACUUAUUCGAAAAACUAGAAGACGAGGACGAGCAAGGGUGGUGUAAAGGCCGCAAGGAUGGCCGCGUCGGCCUCUACCCCGCGAACUACGUCGAACCCGUGGGUCACUAGCCCCUACAAAUCCGUAUACAUACCAUACAUCUAAAGGCUGACAAGUUAAAUUAUACCCACGCCAUACUGUGGAUUUUCAAAGAACUAAUUUCUUCUAUUGACACUACUAACUUUGGUGUCAUUAGCCGACACUAGCGCCACCUUAUAAAGGGCAAUUAGUAACUUGUCAAUCUUUAAAUAUUUGCGUCGAGUCCUUUUCAAUGUGGGUUAUGUACGAUUUUUUUAACUUGGAGAAAUGUUAUAAUAGCUUGGCCAAGGUUCAUCGCCAACGCGUUGUAAUCAUGUAGAUACCUUUUUAUACAUAGGCAUUUGAUUUUCAAAGUAAAGUGCUUGUUUGAAUCUUAUUUAGGGAAAAAAUUCAAUUGUUACUUUGAAAUUUUAUAAACUGCAUCGUAAGAGCACUGCGUGCGACUUGGGCAUAAAAAUUUAAAAAGAAUCUUGUUGUGCACAAUUUUUAAUACAUUUUUUACCAUGCCAUAGUGGACCAUAAUAACAUGUAUACAAACUGACAAAAUUUCACAUAAAAUUUGCACGUAUUUGUGUAUGAUGACAUAACUUUGAAUUUCAGUUUCGAUAAUUUUUAGUUUAUACAAGUCUGUCAAAGUGCGUUAUUGUACUCCAAAUUAGUUAACGAAUCCAAGGACAAAACUAAUCGAAAAUAUGUGGCGUAAUCUCGCUAGCGUAUUUACGCUCGAUUGUGGCAGGCUAAAAUACAUUUCAAGCGCUAUACUUGGGCGACUGAAGAGAACUCUGCGUGAAUUCGUCUCUAUCUGAGCCAUGUAAAUAGUCGUACAUUGAAAGACGCUCUAUCGACCAUAAAAAUAACACUAUGUAAAGGAUUCCAUCGUGUAAUAAUGAUAACACUGCAACUUGAUAAUUGUAGGAUUCGACCAAUCACGGCCCGCCAUCUUCCUAAAGUGUGAAACAAACAGCGGGUGUGGGUCGGUAGCGCGGCCGAUCUAAUUCCGUGUAUUUUACACGGUAGUAUACCCGACCCGACCCGCGCUCGACUCACGCCCGCUUUCUGAGGGUUUAAGUGCGGUUACAUACGGUGACUUUUACCAGCCCAUCUGCAACGAUUGAGUCGCGGUGCAGUAGCGAUGUGGUGGCUAAUCAUGUAACUUUACGCACACGCGCGACUUAAGCAGGGACACAAUCGCGAUGCAAACGCGAUGCAUUGUUUUAAUAAUUCAACUUAAGCGACUGCGUCGAUGCAAUCGCGCGUUUGCAUCUAUGCAACCGCCUGUCAAUCGCAAAAGUAACUGCUCUAAAAUCUUAUUAUUGACACAAAGGUCGAACACAUUCCUUCUAUCCGGCUGGAUCAGCGCCUGUUUGGCAGACCGGGGUUAACCACUCUCCUAACUGAGCUAUAGAAUGAAUCUACAGACCGCUCGAAUUGCUCUAUGUGCUUGUUGCCGAUCUUUGUUAUUGGGUAAACAGCUUUUUUGCCGCCAUCUAUGAGAAGUCUAUGAACAGCUACCAGCGGCUGACAAGAGAUGUCGCUUUAUGAAUUGCUCUAUUUUUCAUUUAUCCGUUUAUUUUGUAAUAUUGAUCCGGCUGGAUUCAUUUUGAAGGAAUUUUUCCUCUUGUUCGAUCUAUGUAUCAAUAAGAACACCAAACUAGUGAAGUAUUUUCACAAAAGGAAAAAUAUAUGAAUAUCACUGUAGUAAAAAUGUCAUGGUAUUCAAUGAAAUAAAA